AUGAGAAGGGAAACGCAGGAGCCGAUAGCGUCACGACGAGAGCAAAGAGAGAAGCCAGCGGCAGAUGCGACAGCGGAGCGAGGAUGCAGCGACGGCGGUUGGCAUCGCGGCGCAGCAGGUGACAUCCCUCCCCAUUCGCGACUAGCGGGUGACAUCCCUCCCCACUCCCGAUUGGCAGGAACGAGCACGACGUCGAAGGCAAACGCCCCUCGGGAACAGCUCAUCGAAACGUCGCCAAAACCACAGGAACAGCUCAUCGACACAUCGCUAUUUCCUUGGGAACACCUCAUCGACACACCCUCUAAUGCACGGGAACAGCUCAUCGAGACGCCCUCUAAUGCACGGGAACAGCUCAUCGUCACGCCCUCUAAUGCACGGGAACAGCUUAUCGAGACGCCUACUCAAGCGCGGGAACAGCUCAUCGACACGCCCUCUAAUGCACGCGAUCAGCUCAGGUCCAGGAUCGCGAUGAACUCAGAGGAAGACUCUUCCCACGGGAAGGCCAUCUCGGAGAGACCCAGCUCCCUCUAUAGAGACUGCCUCGUAUACGUCUACGAGAGGGGUUUGCAGACCGGGAGCACGCCGCAGGUGAACGGGGCGGUUCGGAGCGGGUGCCGGGCCGACUCCGAGGAGGACCUGCGACUCGGGUCGGGGGUCGUCCCGAGUCGACCCGACGACUCCUGGGGGCUUCGUCGUCUCCUCGACAGAAGGAAUUCUGGGGCACCGGAAUGCGGCAGGAGCCUGUCGGGCGCCAAUGGCGAGUUCCCCUUCGAGAAGCGCCGGAAGCGGACGGUGAGCGAGAACCCGCCGCUUCCCGGGGUGCCGAUGGGGUGCCUCUCGCGGCAGUCGCGGCAUUCGCGGCCGCUCGGGUCGGGGAUCUUCGCGCAGCGACCCGACGUCUUCUACUGCGGCAGCCUCGUCCAUCUGUGCGAGAGAAGAUUUUCCCACUCGGACGAUUACCGUUUCCUCGAAACGGAGAAGAGCGAAAUGGGAGGCAGUAAGGAAGAUUGUAAGGAGGAAAGUAAGGAAGAAGACCGGCGGAUGGAGACCGAGCGGCGCUACUGCGAACGGCCGGCUGGCCUCCGGAAUCCGGAUUGCAUGGGAUGGGCCAUAAGGGUAGAGGGUCUGACGGCCUGUAGGAGCGAGGAGGGAGGAGGGAGGAGGAGGGAGGGAAGAGGGAGGAGGGAGGAGGAGGGAGAAGGGCACACCAUUACCGUAUACAUGUUGAGGAUUGCUCGAUGCUCGCUCAGGUCGUCCGAGGAGGAGCGGAAGGCGAAGCGAAAGGUGGCGUCCAAGAUCCUCAAGGCCAUGAUGGACUUGAGGCUGCUGAAGAACCUGGUCUUCCUCCUCUUCGUCGCCUCCAACUUCCUCACCAGCGUCGGGUUCAUCAUUCCAUACGUCUACGACCUGGCGAUGGAGAAAGGCGUGAGCUCGGAGGACUCCAGUUUCCUCCUGUCGGUGAUCGGGAUCGCCAAUACGCUGGGGCGGGUGACGUUCGGCUACCUCUGCGACCACCGCUGGCUGUACACCGAGAACCUCAGGCGGAGGCUGUGGCUGUACAACGUCGCUCUCAUCGUCUGCGGACUAAGCACGGCGCUAACGACCUGGGGAACCUCGUACGGGGUGCUGGUCCUGACCACCUCGGUGUUCGGGUGCACCUCGGGAGCGUACGUGGGGCUGACCUCGGUGAUCCUGGUGGACCUGCUGGGGAUCGAGGCCCUGACGAACGCGUUCGGGCUGGUGCUGCUCUUCAACGGGAUCGCCUCGCUCAUCGGGCCUCCCAUCGCCGGUUGGCUGUACGACAGCCUGGGAUCUUACGACUCGGGCUUCUACGUGGCCGGGACGGUGAUCGCCUUCAGCGGGCUCAUGCUCUUCUGCAUCCCCCUCGUGCAGACGCUGCAGGCGCCGUUCGAGGGGAGCCGGGAAGGGAGGUCGAAACAGGCGCCGUUCGAGGGGUGUCGAGACGGGAGGUCGAAGCAGGCGCCGUUCGAGGUGGAGAAGAAGGUCCUGAUUGGGGGGAUUCCGUGAUUCUUGUGAUAAGGAUGCUUUUAGGUUUUGUAAGGUGCCUUUUUGCGAAUUUGACCUGUGUUGAGUCCGUUCCGGGCCGGCGUUCGUAGGGGUCGGUUUUGCUCGACCCUUUCAUGCCAGUGCUGCCUUUUACUCGGAGGGAAGAUUUUCAGGCUUUUUUUUCGCGGGUGCAGGAACCACGGGCAUGCUUUAUAUAAUUUCUAAAUGUAAUGCAAUUGAAAAUGAAAUGUUAAAUUAAAUCCUGCAACAUCAUUGGCUCCGACAUUAAUUUAAUCAUUUCUUUCUGAUGCAUGUUUCUCCAAAUUUCAUUUUUUUAUUUCCGCAUGUUAGAUACAAAAUAUAAACACUAAAAAAUAUCAAUAUGAGUUAAAUAUAUU